UUGGGAAAUCAUUUUGGGACGCCUACUAAAUUAUUGAAUUGUUUAAGGCUCUGUUUUGUACCAAACUAGCCAUCGACGUGCUAGCCUUUUGUCAAAGCCCUGCAGCUACCAACUUGCCAUUUUCUUUUUUGGCUGGUUGGGACUUGGGAAAACUCCCUCACACGUUCGUUGUUUGACUAAACCCAGAAGGAAUUCAAUUUUUUUUUUUUUUUAAAUACAAUCUGCUUACAUCACGUUUUCCAAGUUCAUUUUUUAGAAGUCACCCUCAGAGACUCAAGAACAGAGGAAAUUCAUAGUACUAAUUUCAUUUGGUCAUCGUGACGAGAUGGAGAAGGAUACUUCGCCUAUGCUCUUGGUCAAUAAUCUUCAGGAUGAUGAACCUUCUUCUUCUUCCCGGGAUAAGAUGAAGGCUAUUGAAGAAUGGUUACCAAUAACAUCUUCAAGGAAUGGAAAAUGGUGGUAUUCAGCUUUUCACAAUGUAACUGCCAUGGUUGGUGCUGGAGUUCUAGGACUCCCUUAUGCCAUGUCUGAGCUUGGAUGGGGACCUGGGGUGACAGUGCUGGUGGCUUCUUGGAUCAUAACUCUGUACACAUUGUGGCAAAUGGUUGAGAUGCACGAAAUGGUACCCGGGAAACGUUUCGACAGGUACCACGAGCUAGGCCAACAUGCAUUUGGACCAAAACUCGGGCUUUGGAUCGUCGUUCCUCAGCAGAUUGUAGCUGAAGUUGGGUUGAACAUCGUUUACAUGGUGACUGGUGGAAAGUCGUUGCAGAUGUUCCAUGAUUUGGUUUGCAAAGAAUCUUGCAAGAGUAUCAGAUUGACCUAUUUCAUUAUGAUCUUUGCAUCUGUUCAUUUUGUACUUGCUCAUCUCCCCAACUUCAAUUCCAUCUCUGGCGUUUCUUUAGCUGCUGCAGUCAUGUCAAUAAGUUACUCCACCAUGGCUUGGCUGGCCUCAGCCGAGAAUGGCAUAAAACCAAAUGUACAAUACACUCUCAAAGCUUCAACCACAGCAGGAAAAGUGUUCAACUUCUUCAGUGCUCUAGGGGAUGUAGCGUUUGCAUACGCGGGCCAUAAUGUAGUUCUGGAGAUUCAAGCUACAAUCCCUUCAACACCUGAAAAGCCAUCCAAAGUACCAAUGUGGAGAGGAGUAGUAGUUGCCUAUAUUGUUGUGGCUUUGUGCUAUUUUCCAGUUGCAACCAUAGGUUAUUGGACAUUUGGCAAUGAAGUGGAGGACAACAUUCUCAUUUCACUGAGUAAACCUACUUGGCUUAUUGCCACUGCUAACCUUUUUGUUGUCAUUCAUGUCAUUGGGAGCUAUCAGUUAUAUGCAAUGCCGGUGUUCGAUAUGAUUGAAACUUUGCUGAUAAAGGACUUAAAAUUCAAGCCCACUUGGAUUUUGAGGUUUUUUACCAGGAACAUUUAUGUAGCAUUUACCAUGUUUAUGGCCAUUACCUUCCCAUUCUUUGGAGGGCUUCUAGGGUUCUUCGGUGGUUUUGCUUUUGCCCCAACUACGUACUUUCUUCCUUGUAUAAUGUGGCUUACAGUCUAUCAUCCAAAAAAAUUUGGAUGGUCUUGGUUCUCAAAUUGGAUAUGCAUUCUUGUGGGGGUACUGUUGACGAUCGUUGCACCAAUCGGAGGGCUCAGACAGAUUAUAAUUGAAGCUAGAAACUACCAUUUCUACUCUUAGCUAGAGAAAGCCGUAGAAAUUACAAACGUAGCAUCAUUGAUCAACAUGUAGCAACUUGUAAAAGGCUUGAUUCAUGAUUUAUUAUUUUGAUAGAGACAUAGCCAGUCAUCAUCUUACAUGAACUAGUACAUUACUGAUAAAUCUAUUGUGGUCUGCUACGUCAAAUCCUUUCUCUAGCAUGAUCCUCAAUCUUUAUGAUGCUUGAGUAAGUGGUAGUUGCCCUGACUCUCUCUAUUCAUCACAUGGAUUGAGGUCACUGAUCUUCUUGAAAUUUCACUCAAAUCAAAUUCACUGAAAAUUUUCCGCAGUUAUACGGGUUCAUUAAAUCCUUCAAAUGAUUGUGAGAUAGCUUACAUUGCCUAGGCACGCUUACCUUCAAUUACUUAAUAUUGUCC